AUGUCUUUAUCGAAGGUCGAGGAUCCGAAGAAGGUCGCUGCAGCUGCAGCUGCACAACAGAGCGACAACAUAGCCCAUGCGCUGGCGGGCGCUGGAGGUGGGAUACUGUCUAUGGUUUUAACAUAUCCGCUUAUUACGCUUUCAACUCGAGCGCAAGUCGAAUCGAAGCGUGCAGAGUCUUCCACCAUUGAUGCGAUUCGCCGUAUCGUGCAAAGGGAGGGAAUAAUUGGACUUUAUUCUGGUCUUGAGUCGGCGUUGUUUGGCAUCAGUGUCACUAACUUUGUGUAUUACUACUGGUUUGAAUGGACUCGAUCGGCCUUUGAGAAAGCUGCCGAGAAAGCGGGUCGCUCAAAGAAGCUGUCGACAAUCGAAUCAAUGAUUGCUGGUGCGAUUGCGGGGAGUGCUACUGUCCUGCUCACCAACCCGAUCUGGGUUAUCAACACCAGGAUGACCGCACGCAAAUCCGCAGAGCAUGACCCAUCGCUACCCGGUGGCCCUAAGAAGCAGCCGGCCUCUACUUUUGGCACACUGAUGGAGCUGCUCCAGAAAGAGGGCCCAGCUGCACUUUUCUCCGGUGUUCUACCUGCCCUUAUCCUGGUGAUUAAUCCUAUUCUGCAGUAUACCAUCUUCGAGCAGUUGAAAAACAUGGUGGAGCGCCGCCGCCGUAUGACACCAAAGGAUGCCUUUUAUCUCGGCGCAUUGGGCAAAAUCCUAGCCACCUCAAUUACAUACCCUUACAUCACAGUGAAGAGCCAGAUGCACGUUGCCAGUAAGGAAGGACCCAAGGAGAGUUUGAAUGGGAGCUUGAAAAGAAUAAUCAACGAAGAGGGCUACACUGGAUUAUACAAAGGAAUCGGACCUAAGGUCACCCAAAGUGCAAUCACCGCCGCAUUCUUAUUUGCAUUUAAGGAUGUUCUAUACGACUCAAUGGUGACCCUAAGGAGAAGCCGUGCUGCCAAAUAG